AUGGAGGCCUUUUCUCUGCCGACGCCGCAAUCCACCGCGUCAAGCGCCACUCCGGCGCUGCCACAAUCCCGGGUGCUCCCCAGUCAGACUCCGCUCCAACGGCGGUUUCAGACGCUACUUGAAGGUGCUAGAGAGAGGUGGAUCUAUGCAAUUUACUGGGAGUCUUCUUACGACCAUUCCUCUGCCGCUUCCCUUCUCUGUUGGGGUGACGGCUAUUACAACUUCCAGGAUAUCAACAGAACAGCCCGCAAAACGACGUCGUCCGCAGAACAGACCCAGCGCAAGAACUUUUUGCGUUUACUCUAUUCCUUAAUUUACGGCUCCUCGGCCUCAGUAGAUGACUGCGACGAAGACGUCACUGACCCAGAGUGGUUCUUUCUGAUGUCCAUGGAUCAGACCUUUGUCAACGGCAGCGGCCUGGUGGGCCAGACUUUCUUUAAGUCGAGCCCGGUCUGGAUCACCGGGUCAGACCGGUUAACUGAAAUGGCCUGCCAACGGGCCCGGCAGUUGCAGGAGUCUGGGUUCCAGACCGUGGUUUGCAUACCGUGUCCCAACGGCGUCGUUGAGCUGGCCUCCACUGAAGUGAUUCUACCCAAUCCUGAUCUCAUGAUCAAAGCGCGAGAUUUGAUUUACUUCAACUGCUCCGUCGCCUACCUGACUUCUAGCGAAAUCAUCCAACCACGCAAUCUCGAGGUAAAGAAAAGAAAAGUGAUUCAAAAUGUUCGUGGUUCUUGUUAUCGGAAAGUUCUGACGAGGGCUCUGAUAGCACAUUUUCGCAUUCCUACGACUAUUCUGGCCCCUCGUGAAUUUAUCAUGUAUAUUGUUCUCAUUAAUGAUACUGAGCAGUCUGGCUCUUCAUCCUCCUCAUCUCUAGCUAAUCAGUGGAUAAUUGCUUGUUCAUCCCGAUUCUCAUGUGGCCGUAUUCGCCAGUUACCUGGCGGCUGUCUUCGUUUGUGUGGUUCCAAGUGA